CGUGCACUUUUAUUUCCUACUCCAUGGCUCUUUUAUGCAAAAAGAAGCUCAUUUUUACUUCUCAAUGGCUUCGUGUUUGCAGGAAAAAUUUUAUUUUGGUCUCUUUUCUUUUUGCAGAAAGACGAAACACAAUCGCCCCCAUGCGGAUGGUAGAUGAAGUGAAACAUGGCCUAAAUUCGGCACGACCGACGCAUUCACGAAGGUAGACCGAUGUUGGCAAAAGUCGAAGUAGCUCGAUGAGAAAAAAGUGGAUGUUUGCAAUUUUCCUGCUGAAAUCCUUGUGAAAAAGUGCUGAAAAGUGUGCAAAAAUGACGUGGAGGAGCUGUAGAACAUGAUGGAAAUGAUCCACUGAGGCAGACGUGGAAGAACUCGAGACGGUAAGAGUGUCGUCCCGUAGGCGAAGGUGUGAAAAGUAUGGACCCAUCGCACCCUUUUAAGGACAAUACGAGCUGUGAUAGACCAGCCCUACCACCACGGCUCGGUUCCAGAUCCACCCUAACAGCGGUACCUCCGGCUCCUGUGCCACCACCCGCACCACCACCCACCACCACCACCGAUGACUACUACGGCGUGACAGUACCCGCAGAGCCGCCAGCUGUGCCGCAAAAGGGCGAAAAGGGUCCCAGUGGGGAUUUCACGGGUGCCACAGUUGCCCUACAGAAUGCCGAAUGGUACUGGGGGAAGAUAACGCGUGAUGAGGUGAAGGAGCGCCUCAAGGAUAUGCCGGAUGGGUCGUUCCUCAUUCGUGAUGCAUCGAGUCAAAAGGGCGAGUAUACGCUCACCAUACGAAAAGAUGGUAGUGAUAAGUUGAUUAAAAUUGGGCACCGUAAUGGCAAAUAUGGCUUCACGGAACCCUAUACAUUCUCAUCUGUGGUGGAGUUGGUCAAUUACUUUCGCAAAGAGUCUCUCAAGCAGUACAACAAUGUGCUGGAUAUAAAGUUGCAGUACCCAAUAUCGCGGUAUAAUCAAGAGGAGGACACCACGGGGGUGGCAAAUGAGAGUGAUGUGAAUAAAUUGGUGGAACAAUUUCUCGAGGUGCACGAUAAGUAUCUGAAAAAGUCACAAAAAUACAAUGAUAUGCACGAUUCGUACCAACGGAUGGAGAUUGAGAUAGAUUUUAAGCGACAAGCACUUGAGGCAUUCCACGAGGCGAUAUCCAUGUUUGAGGAUCAGAUAAAGUUGCAGGAAAAGCUGAAAACCCAAGCGCAGCCGCAUGAGAUAAAGAGUCUCAAUGAAAACUAUGACAUUCUCAAUCAGCGACUUGGUGCCCUCAAUGAGAGCAAGGAGAAACUCGAGAAUGAUAUUGCGAUGCAGAACAAGGAAUUCCAAGCAUUCGAACGCGAUAUCAACUACCUCAAGCCGGAGGUGCUCAAUUUGUCGCGACAGAAGGAGAAACUCCAUGGAUGGCUCCUUCAGCAUGGUCUAACGCAUGAGCAUAUUAAUCAGAUAAUGGAGGAUGGCAUACGAUCGUGGGCAAAUUUGAAUAAUAUCCAAAUGACCCAUUAUGACGAAUCAACGUGGUUCUUGCCCAAUUGCAGUCGUUUGGAUGCUGAGCAACUUCUCACGGGCACGCAGACGGGUACGUUCCUCAUACGGCCGCGCAGUGCUGGGCACUAUGCGUUGUCAAUUUCCAACAAUGGCAUCCCAAAUCACUGUAUCAUCUACCAAACGGACCGGGGGUAUGGAUUUGCAGAGCCAUACAAUGUUUACAGCACAUUGAAGGCUCUUGUCCUUCACUAUGCUCACAAUUCACUCGAGGAGCACAAUGACUCCCUCCUGACGACACUCAAGUACCCAGUCUAUGGGCCCAAUGUUAUUGUGCCAACAACGACGGCAGCAAUUAAAGAUGAUCAACGACAAGCCAGUGGUGGAGAGUGUUAGUGAUUUCACUGUUUUUUUGUGUCUCUGUGCGUGUGUGUAUGUGUCUCCUCCUCCGCUGAAAAAAAUACAAUAUAUAAGAAAAACA